GAUGGCCAUUCCAGUUUCAGUUGAGAUUGGACAACGGACGACCCCUGACCUGCUUCUUGUUUAUUUCUACACGCUAUUAUUCUGAGAAAAAUGAAGGCAUUAGAAACUGUGCUGCUGACUUUGGCCCUGCUUGUCCUGGCAGUUGUCGGGUCCCCCGCACCGUCAAAAUUGUCUUCGAAAAUAGGGCCGAAUCUUUCUCGAGCUUUGUCUGACAAUCCAGAAACGAGCCAAAAUAUUUUUAUCGAAUUCAGCGGAAUCCAGAAGGUCUUGGCCGCCGUACGUUUGACCACGGCCAAUAUCGCGAAUCGAGGUGUUCGAAAUACAAUGCUUUUCAACGCACUGACAGCACAUGCACACGAAAGUCAGGUCGAGGCAAGGGCACUCCUAGAAUCCUUCGGAAUUUCCCAAGGGAAAAUUAAAAGUUUCUGGAUAAACAAUCAUAUCUUCAUCAAGGGUGCAGAUAAAGCCAUUAUCGAAGCUCUUGCUCUCCUACCCUCGGUAACAUCCAUUGAGCAGGAGAUUGUGACCUAUCUGCAACGCCCCAUCAUCGAAAGUGCUGCUAGUCCCCGUGAACCUGGAAUUCUGGCGGAAUGGAACAUCGAAAAGAUGAGGUCAAACCUCGUGUGGGACGCACCUUGGGGAAAUAACGGCACAGGAGUUGUCGUUGGCUUCAUCGAUACUGGAGUUCGGGGAACCCACGAAGCCAUUCGCGACCAGUACAUGAACGAUGGUCGCGCCUGGCGUGACCCGUACAAUCAAUAUUCCGUCCCCACAGACAUCUACAAUCACGGCACGCACACGGUCGGCAGCGUGGUUGGAAAGUUUGGUAUUGGUUCUGCUCCUGAGGCAAAAUGGAUUGCAUGCAAAGGGUAUCAAGAUAACGGUGGGGCAGAAUUGAGUGCCUUUACAGAGUGUGGCCAAUUUAUGGUUUGUCCUACGGAUUCAUCCGGUCAAAAUCCCGACUGUACUAAAACCCCCCACGUCACCAGCAACUCCUGGGGAGUAUGGCCUGGGACAACUUACUUUGAGGACAUUUUAGACGUGUGGCGGUCUUCCGGGAUUAUUUCGGUAUUUUCGAACGGGAAUGAAGGCCCCACCCCCUGUGGCGACAUGUUAGCCCCUGCAGACAGUGCUAAGACGAUGGGAGUUGGUGCCACAGGCAGGAAUGACGAGUUGGCUUCCUUUUCGAGCCGAGGUCCUUCACGGUACGGUGUCUUGAAACCCGACAUUUCAGCACCUGGGAUGUCCAUCCGUUCUUGCGACUGUAACGGAGACUCUCUCUAUUCCGUGUUCUCUGGAACCAGUAUGAGUUGUCCUAACUCAGCUGGCGUCAUUGCCCUCAUGGUGGGAAAGGACAGAGCCAUCACAUACGACAGAGUCAAGUCGCUCUUGGAAAGCACUGCCACGACAAGCGUUGUGACCAAUGGGGAAACUUGUGGGAAUAUUCCAGAUAAUCAAUUUCCAAACAACCACGUCGGUCACGGUAGAAUUGACGCAUAUGCUGCAGUCGAAGCAAUUUAAAACCAAGCAAAAAACCAUGGCCAAAUUCAGCAUUCUAAAUAAAUACUACUGUUACGUUUGAAAUAAAGCUAUCUAACAGUUAAUAAUUA